UUUCCCUACUUACCUUGCCUUUUAAGCACUCCUUCCUUCUCUCAUAUUCCCCUUUCUUGUUCUCCUGAAGCUCUUUCUCUCUCUCUCUCUCUGCAACUCCUUUCCAUCACGAAGGAGCAUGAUUAGAUUGCUUGGAUGUCCAGAGAAAGAGAGAGAUUUGAUGAGAUAGGUAAGAAGAUCACGAGAGAAGCAGAUGCAUCAGUUCAGAUGGGUAGAAGAAACUUAUUGGGACCUCUUGGUACCCUUAAUACCAUUACACCUUGUGCUGCUUGUAAGCUUCUAAGGCGAAGGUGUGCUCAAGAAUGCCCUUUCUCUCCUUACUUCUCACCUCACGAACCCCAGAAGUUUGCUUCUGUUCAUAAAGUCUUUGGUGCAAGCAAUGUCUCCAAGAUGCUAAUGGAAGUACCAGAAAGCCUAAGAUCUGAUGCAGCUAAUAGUCUUGUUUAUGAGGCGAACGUGAGGCUUAGAGAUCCAAUUUAUGGUUGCAUGGGUGCAAUCUCUGCCUUGCAACAUCAAAUUCAUUCUUUACAGGCUGAGCUUAAUGCAGUAAGAGCUGAGAUAAUGAAGUUUAGGGAAAAUAGUAAUAAUCUCCUUUCAUCAUCACAAGCUGCUUUGCUUUCUUCCGGGGUAGUGUCAGUUGCUGUACCACCACCGCCGCCGCCACCUGCUACUGCUACUGCUUCUACUUCUUCUACCAUUUAUACUCCUCCUUCUACCACCACAGACUAUAGUUCCAUUACCAUUGAAAAUAUCUCCUAUUUUGGCUAGAAUUUAUUGGUUUAAAUUUCAUUUUAUAUCUUUUUUAUUUUUAUUAUUACAAAACUCUUUGGAAAUAAGGGGGAAGAAAAUAUUG